CCGCCAUUAAACAACCGAAGAAGAAGAAGAGGAGUAGCGGGCUGCAGUAAACAGGGUUGGCUACAAAUAGAGCGAAGGUCUGUUUGUGGAGCAUCCCACUGGGUGCACGGCGUGUCAUGGACGCAGUCAAAGAGGGUCACCAGAGCACCCUGAGCUCGGGCAAAAUGGUGGCCUUGGCUGCAGGGCUUUCUCUCGGUGCUACAGUGGGCUACAUGGUCUAUCGCCACAUAAGCAGCAACAACAGUCAGGGACCCAACACUGAAGUGUCAAAGUUGACACUUCCAGUAGACGUUUAUAGGAACAUAAGAAGAUAUCAAGCCACCUUUAUGGAUAUCGUGACCCAGAAGUCUGGGGCUCUUGUAAGGGUUUCAUCCUAUUCAGGAGAGUCCAGAUGUAAGACAGAUGUGUGUUUCCUGCUGCAGGGCUCUAAGGAGCAAGUCUUGCUGGCCCGCUGCAUGCUGGAGAACCUGGUCGCAGACUGUGAACCGGUCACUGUGGAUUUGGAAGUUCCUCAGACUGCCUUUGGACGGAUAAUAGGCCGUGGAGGAGAAAGUGUAAAAUUGAUCUCCAGGACCACAGGGGCCAGAGUGGUUUGUUCCAAAGAGAAGAUGCAUGGUCCAGGUGCAAAGGGUACUAUUACAGUCACAGGGAGCAGACAGGAGGUGAAACAGGCCAAGGAGCUGAUUCUAGAAAAGGUUCGAGAGGACAUAAUGGUUAGGAAAAAGAUUUCUCAGUCAUCUGCCCUGCGCCAGAAACGUGGCCAUACUGCUGUAAAUGAGAAGCCUGAUAGCACAAAAACCGAAGAACCAGUGGGCUUAAACAACAAUGGCCCCUUCUCCCAGACAGAGAAAAAUGGGCUUGCUUAUGCCAAUGAAACCACAGGAGAACCAAAAGCUAUUUGUAACAAGAUGGAGGAGCUGAAAAUCAGCAGCAGAGACAACAAUGAAGAGGAGGAGGGCAGCAUCUCCACAAUCUCACUUUCUGAAGGUUCCAAGUUUGAACUUCCCAGUCCAGACCUGAGCUUCCAGCCAGAUGAACAUUUAGAGGUGUAUGUUUCUGCGUCAGAGAACCCAAACCAUUUCUGGAUCCAGAUCCUUGGGGUUCGCUCCCUCCAGCUGGACAAACUGACAGAAGAGAUGAACUGCUUCUACAGCAGUGGCGACCUGGCAGAGCAGCGGGUGGAGACCCUUGUGGUGGGAGAUAUUGUGGCAGCUCCAUACCAAGACCACGGCACAUGGAACAGGGCAAGGGUGCUGGGAGUCCUGGGAUCUGGACUGGUGGAACUUUACUAUGUUGACUUUGGAGACAAUGGGGAGCUGCCCAGAGACACCCUCUGUCGUAUCAGGAGUGAUUUCCUCAGUUUACCAUUCCAAGCUAUAGAGUGCAGCCUAUCAGGAGUGAAACCAAAAGGAGAGGCAUGGACUGAGGCAGCCCUGGAUGACUUUGAUUGCCUGACUUACUGUUCUUCCUGGAGGCCCCUGCAGGCCAAACUAUGCAGCUACUCUCAUUCAGAUACCUCCUCCUGGCCCAGUGUCAAACUCUAUGACAAUAGUGAGGGAGAGACUGUAGAUAUUGGUGAGGAGCUCAUACGACUGGGCCAUGCUGUCAGCUUCAAGGAAGUGGUGAAUGGAAAAACAGAGGGUGGCUGUCUGCGAAGGAUGCUGGAUGAUGUAAUGGGAACAACAUCAGAGCUAAGUCUAUCCUGUAUCAGUUUAUCAGGCCCUACUGAAAAGAUUCACAUUGCUGAGUCAUCAUCCACACUACCACACCACCAGUCAGCUAAUACUGAUGUCUCUGUGUCAACGCUGCAGCUCACAAGCUCACAAGCUCACAACUUCCUUCUCCCUCUUCUGCUUCCUGUUUGCCCUCAUGUAUUUGAAGUCAACCUGUGAUGUGAUGAGAUGGCAGGGGACAACACCCUAAGGGAUUGAAGUAGUGAUAAUGUGGACUAGUAGUAUACCAGUAGACCAAAUAUCCACUUGUGAUAUAACCACAGAGAACUUGACUUUCAUCAUACCUGAAACAUGGAGAGUGCGUGGUGGACAGCUGCAUCAGCUCAGUCUCCACAUCUGCCCAUGUCAACACAAGCUAGGACUCCAGUCAAAGUGAUGCAUAUGAUGACCAUAUUUGGCAAAAUGGAAAUGAAGAAGAUAAGGAGGUGAUGACAGAUUAGAGAACAAUGUGUUUUGAGUGAUAGCAGCUUCCUUAUUGAUAACAGUGACAGCACUGAUAAUAUUUAUAUGUGACUUAACUGAAUCUUGUGGAGAUGUAUUACAGUCCUUUCAAGAUUACCUGGAAACGGGGACCAAGAUCAACUGGAAAAAAAUAGACCAUCAAAACUACACAUACUCAGCAGAAGCAUCGACACCAC